AUGAUGAAAGACUUUGAAGCAUUCUCGAGAGUCCUAGCGGACUGGUUCGUCGUUCACAGCGUGCCUCAGCACUUGCAGCGGUCGUUAUUUGAAAAGUUGGUCAAUGACGUCUUUGACGCUGGAACCUCUUUCUCGCUGGCGGUUGUAGCGCGUGAGGACGAGGAUGAAGUCGACGCGGAGGACCAGUCCUCGGAAACUGCUGGUAACUAUGUUCUUGUGGCGAGUAAGAAUCUAAAGGCUAAUGACGAUAUUUGGCUUAUUGAUCACUGCUGUACCUUCCGCCUGCGAGAUUUUCGCGCUCAUCUGGAAGCAAAUGAGGCCCUCCGCACGCGGUUGGGUCGUGUUUUGGCCGUGAACCUUUCGGGCGCCGAUAACAGACAUGGAGCGCAACUGAUAUUUGACCACAUGUGGAACAAGGUGGGUUCGUAUCGCCUUCCGACAUCGGCGGACGGAGAUGAUUCCCAGUACGAAAGCUACUGGUUUAUCCAUGACGAAGUGGGCAGCGCCAUAACAACAGUAGUGAAUGAGAAAGCGAAUAUGAAGUUGGAACCGAUACCCAUUUGUUUCCCGGAAAAGGGCGGUGUGUUCUCAGCGAUGUGGUGCGUAGAGGACAUGGAAGAGGAAGAAGUUGCCACGAGGCGGGCGGCAUCAACGCUCGAAGCGACAAGCGGGAAGGAAAUACUGUCGCUUAUAUACAACACACGACACGAGGAAGAAACAGAAGAAGAUCCCUACCGCUCCGCCCAACUUCUUUGCGUAGAAGCGUGGCGACGUCUGGUGAAACGUUUGGAAAGCGUUCCUGGAAGACGUGCCCAACGGGAACAGAGUGCGCUAGCGCCGGUGGAGAGGUGUCCGAGUGGCCCGCUCCGUGUUUUCACGGACAGUCAACAGCUUUCACAAAAUCUCACUGAUGCGAAUCACUUUGUGGUGGUCGAUCUGCCGCAGGAAGCGCACAUCGUAUGGGUUGUUCACCAUUCUAUCGAGGGUUUAAACGACUAUGGGCACGCACAAUAUAUUUCGCAGUUCCCUGAGGAGUCUGAGUUCACAAGUAAACAGGGGCUGUUACGACUAAUUCAGGAGACCUAUGGUUACGUCGACUGGUAUCAAACAAGUUACGAUUCGACGACACAGCUAAAGGAACUAAUUGGUGACUUCAUCGUGCGCAAGGCCGCAUUAGACAAGAAGAUUGAUACAGACCCAUUGGUUACCUAUGAGGAUAUCGGCAAGUUGCGCAGCAACGACGGGACAAAUUUAUGGAUUAGCAAACCCACCAAUUUGGCACGAAGCAUCGACAUGACGCUUUCGUCCAACCUCACUGAACUGCUGAGAGCCGUGGAAACAGGACCUAAGGUAAUCUGUAAGUAUAUCGCCAACACAGCGACGCUGCGCAAGCGGAAAUUUGACCUUCGUUUCAUCGUGGCAGUAAAUUCCUUUACGUCGGAGCAUUCCUCCUCCAUGGAGGCGUACGUCUAUAACACUUUCUGGACUCGAUUUGCGCUAAAGGAAUAUUCACUCGACGAUUUUGACUGCUACGAAAAGCACUGGACGGUUAUGAAUUACACCAACCCCGAGGCAUUGCUUCAGUUGCAUGACCAUGACUUUGUGAAAGAGUUUAACGAGGAAUAUGCCUCGAGUGGUUACGGUGAAGCAGCAUGGGAAAAAAUUGCAUAUCCGAAGAUUCUGAAAAUGCUUCGUGAAGCAUUUGGCAUGGUGGUAACGAGGGGUGGGGAUCACAGUCGAUGCCGUGCGAUGUAUGGUGUGGAUGUUAUGCUACGGACGGAGCGCUGUGUUGAAACGGGCGCUUUGACACUUGAGCCUUCGUUACUCGAAAUCACCUUCAGUCCGGACUGCCGUCGCGCCUGCAAAUAUCAUCCAACGUUCUUCAAUGAUAUUUUCCACACACUUUUCCUUAGGGAUCCAACGAACAUGACACCACUGUGA